ACUGUUGUUUUUUGUUUUUCUUUGCGUCUAGUGGUUUUAUAAGUAGAAGCAGCAGCAUCAACCAGCAGCAGCCAAAGGAAAACCGUCCCGGUGUUUCGGAUCCUUCGCGCACGCAUAGCAGAAAAGGACACGGCGGAAGCAACGAAACGGAUUGCGUUUCGUCAAACGCAGUGCACAAGCAGAAGCCAUCACAAAAUGACGCGAGUGUGACACAAGUCCAACAAACAGUUCUAUCGUUCGUGUAUUUCCGUGCGUUACGUUGCCAACUUUUGUGUUAAAGCAACAACGAAUUUUUUGAAGCUAGAAAAAAGAGGAGAGAAGAAAAAAAAACUUGGUUUCAUUCUCCCGGAAGCGGCGAAAAAACGCUCAGGUGACGUCGCAUUAUCAAUGAGUGAUGAAAAGAAGAUUAACUUCGGGCGAAGAAAUGAAAACGACUCAUUCGAUGGAGGCCAGUGUUCUUAGUGUGCGCCAAGGAGUGUGAAGGUGGCUCAGAAUCGAGAAGAAGAAGAAAAAAAAAAUAGAAGUGAUAAAACGUGUGCAAUUAAGAAGGGUGGAAAAAAGCCAACCAGCAGCAAAAGAAAAGCCAGUGCCCAAAGGGGAAAAAUAAUACGAAAGAUGCGCUAACAUCAUUCCGAGCAUUGAUUACAGAAAAAAAGGUACAUCCGCGAAAGUGCUUACGGCGUGUUAAGGAAAGAAAGCUAGGCGAAAAGGGAAUCCUCUGUGAGUUGAGCGUCCUCUUCUGGAGUGGUUCUGGAAGAAGAAGGAAAGUGUCGUAAAGGUUUAGAUUUCGGUUCGCCCCGUUUGAAGAAGGAGCUGCAAGGCAGGGAAAACGCGGCCAAGGCGGAAGUUGAGCGAGGCGGAGAAAAGCGCGGCCCAGUGUCCUCGGUUCGGUGCAAGUGUGCAGGAGAAGAAGUGAGGUGGUGCCGGGUGAUUGGGGGCGCAGUGAUGAUCCCGCAACACAAUCAGGUGAUCAGUCCGUUGUCGCACAGCGAGAUGGAUACGAUGGGGGCGCAGCAGCAGUUCGCGACGCCGCCCGUCUUCGGCUCCCAGAUGGUGGAUAAGAACUCCAGCACGCCCUACACCGAUGCAACGCAGACGAAAAAACACAGUCCCGGACACAUCAAGCGGCCGAUGAACCCGUUCAUGGUGUGGAGCCAGAUCGAGCGGCGCAAGAUCUGCGAGGUGACGCCCGACAUGCACAACGCGGUCAUCUCCAAGAACCUUGGUCAGCGCUGGAAGAUGCUGAGCGCGGCCGAACGGCAGCCGUUCAUCGACGAGGCGGAACGCUUGCGUCAGCUACACACGCGCGAGUAUCCGAACUACAAGUACCGUCCAAAGAAGAAGCAGGUAAAGGGAACGUCUCACAAGACCGUCGCAGCCGGAUCGGGUUCGCCUUCGCCCGCGUCGUCCUCCUCCGCCUGCACCGGGUCGCCCGAGUCGGCCUCGUCGCGGGAUAGCUGCGGAUCCUCAUCCUCAUCGUCCUCGUCGUCCGCAUCGUCCCUGUCCUCGCAGUCGCCCCUGGCGGCGGCCACCCCGACCGGUAAGUCGGCGACGGGCGGAGCGUCCACCAAGCGCAACCGAACCGCCAGCGGGAAGGUCUCCAAGGGAGGCAGCUACACCGGCACGACGAACCUGAAGUCCAAGAAGCAGGUCAUCAUCCACGAGGUUGGCCAGCCGACGAUGGCGGCGGUCGCAACGGCCGCCACGGUGACGACGCUGGCCGCUCAGCCGGACUGCUACUCGCUGGCCACCCCGAAGCUGCUGCCCAACUCGCCCGAGAGUGCCACGCUGUACGACGAAAACUCGCUGAUCUCACCCGAACCCCCGUUCGGGGCCUUCUCCGACGGUACGCCCAUCUUCACCGAGCUGCACAUGUUCGAGGUGGACGACAGCAAGGACUUCGACCACGACGGAAAGGCGUUCCUGUUCGCGAACGGUGCCGGCGGGCUGACCGACGGCUCGGCCGCCAGUAACAAUAGCAACAACACCACCUCCACCAGCAGCCCGAAUGACGGCAUUCGGCUCGGGCAUGUGUCCGCGACCUGCAACAGUCCGCUCCCGCAACACCAGACCCAUCACCCUCAAAGCAAUCACAACAACAAUAACAACAACAGUCUUCAGAUCAACAACAAUAACCUCCAGCAGCAGCAGCACCACCAACUCACCUCCGAGGACAAGCUGUUCGAGUGCCAGCAGCAGCAUCAACUGUCCCCUCAGCAGUCCAUCUGCUACUCGGACACCGAUGGAGAUUGCGUGAAGUCGGAAAAGUACUACGAUGACGACGACUGCCAGAGUGACCGAUUCGGGGGCAUCCUCGAUGGGGAUAGCUGCCUUGACGCGGUGUCCGGUAUUAACCGAAUAGAUGAAUCACUGGAUCUGGGUGUUUCGACUGGGGUGUCCAACGGAGCCGGUGCUGCAACGUCCUGCUUUGACGAGAUGACGUCAUACAAUGGGCACUUUACGCUAACCGACCAGAGUCAGCAACAGCAGCAGCAGCAAUCAGCCCAACAGCAACAGCAGCAGCAACAGAUGCAGGUGCAGCAACACAGUCAGCACCACCAGCAGCAGCAGCAACAGCAUGGUACACUGGCGAGCUUUAACGAAAUCACCAACGGCCAGCAAUGCCACCAGCUCCUGCAGCCGUUCCAGUACUCGACCAACCAGCAGCCCCUGCACGCCAGCAGCCUCCGACAGCUCCCCCAGGGCCAUCAGCAACAUCACCAGCAGCAACAGCAGCAGGUCGAGCAGCACCUGAUGCAACAGCAGUGCCUGGUCGGAUCGCCAGCUUCGGUGUUCGCCAACUGUCAGCCGUCGCCGGUGGACGGGUUCGCUUCCGGGUCGGUCGUGCUGGACUGCAACAUGGACUACAACAGCAAAACGGACGACAGCCUGCCCAUCCUGGACGGCAUGCUCAGUACGCCCGCCAUGGAAGGGCUCGGCUUCGAGGCGAUGGAGACGGCGUCCUCGUCCAGCGGCUCGCACCUGGAGUUCAUCACCAGCGACAACAGUAUCUUCCUGACCGACCCGCACUACAUCGAGUUCCGCGUCUAAUUACGGUGCAAGAAACGGUGAGCGAAACCAACCUCCCACUACCAUCACCACUCCCUUUUUUUGUCAAACCAAUAGACACAAAUCGUCUCCAAAUCCCCGCAAUCCUCAACAGAAAUGGGGGAUGGGAAAACAAAUGUCGUAGUUCAUGUUUGCCGAAAUCAUAAGAAGCAAAUGGGGACGAAACGACAAAACAACAAAAAGAAAGAGCGACAGGAUAGGGUGUUUUCGGGAACUAGAAACAAAAGCGAAAGGCGAGAGCCAAAAUGGCAAUGGAAAUUGAAAGGAAAACGUUGGAGAAACAUUAAGAAAAUUAAGUGCUUUAUCAAGUGAAGGAGCGUGUGUGUGAAUCAAAUCUAUAUAAAUAUAUAUAUAUACAUUUACUCAUAAGGAAAAGGAAAGUGUGCGACAGAGUGAACGAGCGAGAGAAGAAAACAAAACAGAGUGAGAGUGAUUGCGAAAAGUGCGUGCACGCGGUACUGACUGUAUGAGUUUGUGUAUGGAUAAAAUAAAGUACGGUAAGAAUAUAACUAAAGAUAGAUAGAUAUAGCGAGGGAAACAGUCAGCACUCGAUAGUAGGUGGGGUGAAAAGAAAAUAAAAAAACAGUAAAAAGCAACCAGAAAAUUGAAGAAGGAAAAACGAAACCAGCAAAGGAAGUUAGAUGCAGUGGAACAG